CUGCUGGGCAGAACCAGCUCAAAGCCAGAGAGGUGAACGCAUCUUGGGGGACACAGGAACUGGAGAACUUGCAUGCCUGGGAGGUGAGAGAGGGAAGCCAAUGCUUACUCAGCACCUAGUGCUUGCACAUGUUGUAUAGCUCACUGUGUCAACUCCCAUGUUACAAGUGGGGACAUCAAAGCCCAGGAGCAUACACUGAGAAAUGGCAGAGCUGAGAUUCAACACCCAUGACCCCAAAGGGUUUGCCUUGCUGAAGGAUCAGGAGCCUAUUGGACAAGGAUUUGGCAGAAAGCCUGGUAAUGCCUGGGUCUCCCUGGAUGUGGGAGCAAAGCAGAUGUAUGGUGGGACAGAGCCUGGUAAUUGAGAGGGCAGGGCUGGAGGCAGAGGCAGCCCAGUGGGGAGAGAGGCCCAGAGGAGGGGCAGGCAGGCAGGCUGACAUUCACCAACUCCUGCUUUGGCAAGGCCUUGGACUAAACCCAUUUUACAGGUAAAAGAACAGAGACCCAGAGAUGCAAAAAGCCUGGCAAGGUGGCCAAGGCCAUUGGCAGGACAAAGGGCUGAGGCUGGCUCUGGAAAUGACUGAAUCAGGAAGCCAGAGAAAAGGGGGGGAUAGAGAUGCCAGGAGGCUCUCAGAGCCCCAGUUUAUAAAAUGCCUACUGGGCCCAGUGCUGGGAAGAAUGGGGUGGAGGUCUCAUGAGGCAAAGUAAUUUUCCAGAGUGUGUAAGAGGUUCUGGAGUAGGUAGGCUAAAGGGCCAGAGCCCAGGUUUUCUAGAAGCUUAUUAGAGGCAGUGGCUUGAUAAGAACAUGGCAGGAUAGGAUAGCUGUGAGAACAACCCCCAAAAUGACACUGGGCCUGACCUCCACCAGCAGAGCAGAUGGAUAGCCCUGUCCAUCAGGGCUUCCAAGAACUAGGGACCCUCCAGGGCUAUGAACCAGCUCAGGCUGAUGCCAAAGGCCCUUGGCCCACACUUGCCACUGACAGAAAAUGCUGUUUUUCCCACAGUGGGUUCUACCUCUGAGGACAGGUCAGAGUUUUGCAAAGCUUUUGGUUUGUAUCCAAGGCCCAAGCCUUGAGUGUCUUCCAAAGUCAGCCUCCCUCAGAGCUCUUCCAGAAGGCUGGCCCUGCUGGCUCCAGUCAGGGAAGUCCUGACAUCUAGCCACAGUGCUUCCUGCUGUAUAUUAACUCAUUCCUGCCAUCUACCUGGGGAAGGACCUCAGUGCAUAGGAUGUGUGGCGUGUGGCCUUGGAUUAAGGGCAGGGAGUUGCUGGGUAGCUCAGGCCUCAUGUUGUACUAGAGGCCAUAGCCUCAAUUUCCCCACCUGUAGGAUGAGUGGGCUGGACAAGGUAAUUCCUAGUCCUUCUAGCCCUGUGCAUGCCCCCAUAUCAAGUCUUUACCUUGCCAAGCCCUGAGCCAUUGUCACUCAGGUGCAGUGAUGGCUUCUGUCUUCGUAAUUGUUCCUAAUGAUGAACAAGGCCAGACAGUGCUGACUGCACACACUGAGCCAAUGCUUCUGCAGGUCCCAGGCGCUGUGGGGCUGAACAGGGGGCUUAGGACUGAGCACCUUUGGCACACAGUAGGAACUCACCUUGACACAUCCCUGCCUGAGCCAAGAAGUCUAUAGCCAAAGAGCUACCCACAUGGCAGAACACGCAUUCACCAAGCCCCAGUGUAGACUGGGACAUAAGACCAUGUUCUGGAAUUCCAACAUGGAGAAGGCAGACAGCAAACACAUUCAGGUGGACAGAGAGUCACAGCUGAAAUUUUAAGACAGGCUCUGCACCUGUAGCUCAUACAGCCAGGGCGCCAGCCACAUACACCAGAGCUUGCAGGUUCGACUCCAGCCCAGGCCCGCCAAACAACAAUGACAACUAUAACCAAAAUAUAGCCAGGCAUUGUGGCAGGGCCUGUAGUCUCAGCUACUUGGUAGGCUGAGGCAAGAGAAUCGCUUAAGCCCAAGAGUUGGAGGUUGCUGUGAGCUGUAAUGCCACAGCACUCUACCCAGGGCGACAGCUUGAGACUGUCUCAAAAAAAAAAAAAAAAGACAGUGAUGGGACAGAGGAAAUGUUCUUUCCGGAGGGGACACCUGAGACGGUGGGACAAAGCGUCACCUGGGGGAAAAGUUGGUACAGAAGGUCCUGGGCUGGGAAGCAGACGGUACUCAAGGGGUGAGAUGAGUUGGGCGUGGCUUCUUGAGCUUGUAGAAGGGUGAGAACAGAGUGUGGUUCCCCAGUCCCUUCUUCUUAAAAGGGAGAGUCGUCUUGUCAUUCUGGCUUUGAGCCUACUUGCCCCGCAAGGCAGGAGGGUUGGAUGGGUAACAGGAAGGACAAGAAAUGUACAGUUCCAUCACGGGCACAGGGAGGGCACUUCACAAUGGUCCCCACAGUGUCCCCACAGUGGCACAAACCCACCAGUAACCAGAGCAGAGCAGAGGGAGGGGCUAAGGGCCCCACUGCCCCUCCCUAGGAGCCAAGGUGCAAUGAGACACUCUGCAGAGGACCCUGGCACAGGAGCGACAACAGGGCAGGAUGGGUUGGGCUCUCCCACCCUCCAAGGUCCCACACCAUCUAAAAACACACAGCUUGGGGGCCUUGGCUUUUUUUUCAAUUCAGAUGAAAUUCACAUAACAUAAAUUGACCCUCCUUGCAGUGAAUGAUUCAGUGGCAAUAAGCACCCCCUCUGUCUCCCAAGAAGACAUUCUAUAACAAUAGCUUCUCCCCUGCAUGGCCCUCCCUGGCCCAGGCACCACCCACCAGCAGCAGCUGCUAGGCCACCUGGCCCAGGUAGUUGAGGGCACCUGGUGGCCGACAGGCUUCUGAGAGCCAGCUGCCGUUAAGCAGACAGCGAUAGAGUAUCAACCAGGAAGGACUACCCUCCAUUUCUCUUCUCCCGUGCCCUCACCACGGCUGAGAGCUCAGGUGGGCUGCUAGGAAAGCAGCCACCCUCCACCUGGCACAGCCUUUCAGAUAGCAGCUUUGCUCCACCCACAAUGAGGCCGCCAGUGAGGGCCACGUGGCUAUGAGAAUGACCAGCCAGGUGUCCCUGGAGGCUGGGCCUUUCAGGGCUGGGCUGAGGAGCUUCCUGCCUCCUGGGGUAGGUGCUGGGUCCUGUGACUACAGGCCAGAGUGGGGGAAGAAACCUGGACAGGCUCCCAUUGUGGGAGAAGGAAGGACCCAAAGCCCGGCAGGUCAGCAGCAGACGGAAGAGCAUGCACCUGGACUAGGGAGCAGGUACAGGCCAGCCAAGGGAUCCAGGAACUGGGCCACCAACAGCCAGGCAGGUGCCUGGGAGCCAGCAAGUGCUGGAUAGAUGAAUAACACCUCCCAGGUCCUGGGGACAGCUGGAGUCCUCCUGGCAUCAGUGACGUGGCUGCAACUCAGCCCUUCGCUGGCCAUGCCAGCUGGGCCGCAGGUGGACCACAUGGGGAAUGGCUCCCAGGGUGCCCCCAGGCUCUUCCUUACCUCCACGCUGGCCCGUGGAAUCUCGGGUGUCUUUGUGUGGGCUGCCCUCCUGCUCACCUGCCAUCAGAUCUACCUGCACCUGCGCUCCUACACCAUGCCCCAGGAACAGCGCUACAUCAUCCGCCUGCUCCUCAUUGUACCCAUCUAUGCUCUCGACUCCUGGCUCAGCCUCCUCCUCCUGGGAGGCCACCCGUACUACGUCUACUUGGACUCUGUGCGGGACUGCUAUGAAGCCUUUGUCAUUUACAGUUUCCUGAGCCUCUGUUUCCAGUACCUGGGGGGCGAGAGUGCAAUCAUGGCUGAGAUUCGGGGAAAGCCCGUCAAGUCCAGCUGCUUCUACGGCACCUGCUGCCUCCAGGGCAUGUCCUACUCUAUCGGGUUUCUGCGCUUCUGCAAACAGGCCACGCUGCAGUUCUGUAUUGUGAAGCCAGUCAUGGCCUUGGCCACCAUCUUCCUCCAGGCAUUUGGCAAAUACCGAGAUGGGGACUUCAGCAUCCACAGUGGCUACCUCUACGUGACUCUCAUCUAUAAUGCCUCUGUCAGCCUGGCCCUCUACGCCCUGUUCCUUUUCUACUUCGCCACCAGGGAGCUCCUGCAGCCGUUUGAGCCCGUCCUCAAGUUCCUCACCAUCAAAGCCGUCAUCUUCCUGUCUUUCUGGCAGGGGAUGCUGCUGGCUGUCCUGGAGAGGUGUGGGGUCAUCCCUGAGGUCCAGACUUUGGAUGGGAGCACAGUGGGGGCUGGCACGUUGGCUGCUGGGUACCAGAACUUCUUCAUCUGCAUUGAGAUGCUCUUUGCCUCUGUGGCCUUGCGCUAUGCCUUCUCCUGCCAAGUGUACUCAGAGAAGAAAGAGAACUCACCAGGCCCAGCAGCACCCAUGCAGAGCAUCUCCAGCGGCCUCAGGGAGACCAUGAGUCCCCAGGACAUCGUGCAGGAUGCCAUCCACAACUUCUCACCAGCCUACCAGCACUACACACAACAGGCCACACACGAGGCCUCCAGCCCCAGCCAGGGUGGGUGCCCCUCGCCUGGCACCAACCCUGGCAUGGCUGGCAGCUCUGGUGGGGGCAGGAAGAGCCGAAAUGUAGAGAAGCGGAUGCUAAUCCCCUCAGAGGACCUGUAGGUGCCCAGCUGAGGACCCAGGCUUCCCGGGUCUCUGGGAAAGGAUGCUCCCCACUCCUGCCAAAGUCAAGCCUCUCCCAAGAGACCCCCACACAACCCAAGAAGAUGUUCCCAUCCCACCUCUAGCAUGUGGGUUAGGGCACUUGGGGCCCUGCCAAUACCCAGGGCUUACACCAUCCCCAGUGGGCCUGCUGUCCCAGAAGCCUGAGGACCUGCUGACCUGGCUUUGGUUCCCAGUGCCACACCAGCCUCAGGGGAGCUGCAAAGUGGCCCUCCUUUCAUGCAGUUCAAGCAGGCCCCAGCUACACAGGGCAGGGCAGCCCAGCCUGAGACAGCCCAAUGCUUGGGUACUGUGGGCUAGGGACUCAUGUCGGCCGGCCAGCCAGGAUGGAGCUUUGCCAGCUGAGCCUUGCUGUGGUUAUGGGCCCAGGGAUGGGGGCAUGCCAGGCUUGCCAGCCACUCACUGUCUACCAGGGAGCUGCUCUUAUUUAUAUAAACCCCUUGGAUUUUCUAAUGACUGAUUCCCUGUUUAUGAUCUUGUGGGGCCAGUAAGUGCCCUGGGCAGUGGCCACAGUGAGGAGCAGAUGAGGCCUUUGAUAUCAGUCAGGCUGGGGGGGGUUCCCAGUCCUCCCUGCCUGGGGCAGCCGGCCAGCUGUUGCUCUGAGCUGCACAGGGCAAAGAGCUCAGACUUUGAGACCUGACACCUGAGUCUGUGCCACCUGAGGAGCCACUUCUGUCUUUGGAGCCUCAGGUCCCUGGUAAAAUAGGCUAAUGCCAGCCCUACUACAGCAGGUAGAUGAGGCCAUGUGGGCACAGCCCAGAGAGCUGGGGGGCGUAGAAGGAUCCUCGUCCUCUCCCCUGCCUCCUCUUCUUCCAUGUGCCAGGUGGGCCUGAGUUCUAAGAGGGCUGAGCCAGAGGUCCAGGCCCUGCCUCAGGAGGCUGGAGGGAAGAAAGCAACCCAGGAGGUGGGGUUUUCCUGGAGGAAUGUGGCUGGGCCCUGGGCUGGGGAUUACAGGUAAAGAAGGGGGAGGGGGUGUUAUAGGGAAAGGGUGUCACAGUUGGAGAGGGGAUUGGGGUGUCACAGGCAGGUGACAUCACGGAGGGGAGGGGGCAUCACAAAUGAAGAGGGGGUGUCAGAGCAGGGGACAUUGUGGAUGGAGCAUGGCAGCAGUCAGAACACAUGGCGACCCAGUGUGCAUCUGUCAGUCUUGUGUGUCUGGCCACAGCAUGGGGGUAGGGCUGGGGCUCAGGGACUGGGCACGGGAGCCAGCCUGCUGGUAACCAGGCACAGCAGGCAGGAAGGCCAAGCAGGCAGCACACAGGGCCGGUAGCUCCUGCCCUGCCACUUGGAGACUUACUCCUAUAGUCACUGGAAAGCGAGGGAGACAUACCCAGUACCUCUGAGGGACUCAGCAGGUCAGGAGCCUGUGGUGUCAGGCUAGAGUGGGCCAACUCACUGGCCUUCUUACUCCCUGGCCAGAGGACAUGGAGGACUCAAGUCUGGUGGCUUUUGCAGGGCCCAGCUGGGCUGGCUGAUAAGAUAGGCUGAGCUUCUCCCCACGCCUGCUGGAAAGGCUCCUACCCACCUUAUCACACCCUCUGCAGUUGGCAGGGCCAUAGGGGCCCAAAUGGUGAGGCCCCAAGUCUUAGUCAGUCAGCAGGUUUGGGAGCAGGUGCUCCACAGAGACCUGCUGACAGAGGAGGAUCUGGAAGCCACAGGAGGCUGGAGGCCAGGCUGUGCUGCAGAGCCCAGGGAGGGUGUGGGGAGCUGGCUGAGCCCUGGGCCUGCUCCCCCUGCCUUGGAGAGGACCACCCCUUUGAGGCUUGAAUCACCAGGGCAGAGGACAAGUGCACGAGAGUCCUUCUGGAAACCCUGAUGCCCAUGUGGGCUCCAGGUUGCAGGGAUUAAGAUGUCAUGGGACAGACUUGUUUGCUGGACAGUGCCUUAGGCCUGCACUCUGUAGAGAGAGAAGUUUGUAUGGACCAACCACCCACUGUGUGAACUGAGG